UGGUAAUGGAAGUUGGACAAAAUAGCUCAGCGACAUUCCGAGGGGUCUUAGAUUCCCAGUUCUGACCUUAUUCCAAGAACUUUGAAAUCAGUCCUCAAUGUAAAGGAAGUGCUGGAGUCUUGUUGGCACCAGACUUGAAUGUUAUGGGGGCUAGAAUUGAGUUACAUUGUGAGAGAUGAAUAGAGAGGUGUAUAAUAUAAUUUGUGUACUCUUCCCAAUUAGGUGGUAUCGGGCUCCCGAAUUGCUGUACGGUGCUCGAAAGUAUGAUGAAGGUGUAGACCUGUGGGCAGUCGGCUGUAUCUUUGCUGAACUUCUCAACAAUUCUCCUCUCUUCCCUGGCGAAAAUGACAUUGAGCAGCUGUGUUGUGUCCUCCGCGUGCUUGGCACACCUAAUCAAAAGACCUGGCCGGAGAUUACAGAGUUGCCUGAUUACAACAAAAUCUCCUUCAAAGAGAAGCAGCCCAUCCCUUUGGAGCAGGUGGUGCCAGAUGCUUCUCCACAAGCAGUGCAGCUCCUGAAAGAGUUCCUGGUUUAUCCUUCAAAGCAACGGAUGCAGGCAGCCCAG